GUCGGGGUGUGAUCGUGAAAGCAGCUUACUGUGCAACUUGCAUGCGACAGGAAUAACGUGCGGGGAUCUUGUCAGGGUCCUUCUCCUCAUUAGUCUCGGCGAGAUCUCGCCUCUCAGUCGGAUUCCACCGGCCACUAAGGCGUCAUCAACAUAUCGCGCCCAUCCAGGGUCAACCUACGUCCCAAGCGUAAGUAGUCUAGGCCGCGGGUUCUCGAACAGCGAGCGGCCUUGAAAUAAAACACCUUCCCGCACCUGCAUCUGAGCUCGCCCUUGGGCUCGAGCCCGGACUUUGCUUCAGCCCAAAGCCUGUGAACCGCCCCCAAUCACCAACCAUGAGCACGCCCAACAAACCGACGGCAAGCAAGCCCGCCGAGGGUGUUCCCUUCUACACCCCUGCCCAGGUCCCCCCCGCUGGCACAGCCCUUGACUUUGACCCUGAGAACCCGUCCAAGACACCUACAAUCUUCCAUCCCCUGACCAUCCGGGGGGUCAAACUUGGCAAUCGGUUUGUGGUUUCGCCCAUGUGUCAGUACAGCGCCGACGAUGGCCAUCUCACAGACUGGCAUCUUGUCCAUCUCGGCUCAUUCGCCGCGCGCGGCGCCGCCCUCACCAUCAUCGAGGCAACCUCGGUGCUUGCCAAUGGUCGGAUAAGCCCCGAGGACUCGGGGCUGUGGAAGGACAGCCAGGUAGCGCCGCUGAAGCGCAUCACCGACUUCAUUCACUCCCAGGGCCACAAGGUCGGCUGCCAGCUGGCCCACGCAGGGCGCAAGGCCAGCACCGUAGCCCCAUGGCAUCGUGGCAAGCCGGGUGAGGGGCAUGUCGCUACUGAGGAGCUCGGCGGGUGGCCUGACAAUGUGUGGGCGCCGAGUCCCGUCUCAUUCGCAGACACAUUUCCACGGGCCAAAGAGAUGACGGCACCGCAGAUCAGCGAGACCAUCGAGGCGUUCGCUGCGGCUUCGGAGAGGGCUGUCCAGGCUGGCUUUGACUUGAUCGAGAUCCAUGGCGCCCACGGAUAUCUUAUCAACCAGUUCAUGUCACCUCUCAGCAACACGCGGACGGACGAGUGGGGAGGCUCCUUUGAGAACCGCAUUAGAUUUCUCGUUGAAAUCAUCAAGGCGAUCCGCGGCGUCAUUCCUGACACCAUGCCUCUCUUCCUCCGGAUCUCCACCACUGAAUGGAUGGAAUGGGAUACCAGGGAUAGUUGGGAUAUCACGCAGAGCAUUGCACUCGCCCACAUGCUCCCCGAGCUCGGGGUUGAUCUCCUAGACUGCAGUUCGGGCGGAAAUAACCACGAGCAAAAGAUCAACCUUAAUCCAUUCUACCAGAUCGACCCAGCCGCCGCGAUACGGCGAAGCCUCAGGGAGGCAGGCAAGACCCUGCUCAUCGGUGCGGUGGGUCUCAUCACGACACCAGAAAUGGCCAAGGAUAUUGUACAACGCGAGUGCUUGUACACGGUUGGUGAGGACCCAGAGAAGGGCGCUAUGGACUCGGUGGCAGUGGCAGAACAGGGCGAGGACAGGUCCAAGGCCGAUGUAGUCAUCAUAGCGAGACAGUUUCUGAGGGAACCAGAGUUCGUCUUGCGGACGGCGCAGCACCUGGGGGUAAAGGUCAAGUGGGCAAACCAGUACGGUCGAGCUGGUUGGCCGGAAAACCAGAAGGUGUAGCUGUGACCAGCCUCCGGCUCCUAGUAUAUUAUGAGAGGGGAGUCCUCGAUGGUAAGCACCACGUCGUACAAAGCACCCAUCCAUUGCAUAAUAAACGAACGUGCUCAGCGUGCACAUGGGGCACGAAACCAUUGCGUGAGGCAAGGCGCCAGCCAAGUGGUCAGGAUACAAUAUCGGCGUCGCAUCGAAUGCAUGAGCUGGGUUUGGCUGGGUAAUACUGGGGACAAUCUGGAGCAUUCAUGGACACCGGUAACUGAGCCCAUA